AUGUCAAACUCGAGUGAUAAGCUAUCAAUUGAUGAAAAAACAAAGGGGAAGCAAAACGUGGAACCAAUAACUUCCUUUACUGAUGAAAAUAUCGGGAAAAAUGAGGUUCUUACAAGUUUCAAAUCUGCAGAUGGUAAAAUUGUUAAUAUAACUGGCGAUGUUGAUGAGGCCAUGAAAUUGGCAGUGAAUUUAAAUGAUAUCAAAAUCGAUGAAAAAGCAGACAAGAAACUAUUGCUCAAAAUUGAUAUUUGUCUCCUUCCACUUUUAUGCCUUCUAUAUGCAUUUCAAUUUAUGGACAAGAUCAGCAAUUCAUAUGCAGCUGUGAUGGGCUUUCGUGAGUAUUUUGGUAUGGUUGGUAAUAUGUAUUCUUGGUGUGGAACCGCCUUCUAUUUAGGUUAUCUUUUCUUUGAGUUUCCCUCCAAUAUGUUGAUCCAACGUUUCCCUCUUGCCAAGACAGCUUCGGUUUUCAUCGUUUUAUGGGGUAUGAUUUUGUGCCUCCACUCAUCUUGCAAAAGUUAUGCCGCGAUCAUCACGCUACGUGUAAUUCUUGGAAUGCUUGAAUCAAUCGUUACCCCAACUAUGGUUCUUUUAACAAGCCAGUGGUGGAAAAAAGAAGAACAGUUCUUUAGAACUACAAUAUGGUUUGCCUGUAAUGGUGUUGGUACAAUGCUAGGAGGAGCAAUUGCUUAUGGGCUAGCUAAACACAAGGAUCAAAUCAGUUUUCCUGCAUGGAAGGUUUUAUACUUAGUAGAUGGCCUUAUGACAAUUGCAAUUGGGUUCAUAUUCUUUUUGCAUGUUCCAGAUAACCCUUCCAAAGCUUGGUUCUUAACCAAAAAAGAGAAAGAGAUGGUGGUUCUAAGAAUCAAAGACAACCAACAGGGAUUUGGAAACAAGCACUUCAAAUGGUACCAGUUUAAGGAGGCCAUCUGUGACUGGCAAAUAAUAUUAUAUGUCAUUUUCGGUUGUGUGAGCAAUAUUCCGAAUGGUUCGUUGACAAACUUCAGUAGUAUCUUGUUGAACACCGAUUUUGGGUAUGAUGAGUAUGACUCAUUGCUAAUGAACAUGCCAGCUGGAGCUGUUGAAUUUGUUGGCUGCAUUUUAAUCGUUGCAAUUGGAAUCAAGCUUCCAAUGCUUAGUGUCUCUUUCUUCUCCAUGGUUGUUGGAUUAGUUGCAUCCUGUAUGCUUGCCUUUUCCUCGAAUAAGGAAGUCAAAUUAGCGGGAUAUUAUCUCAUCUCUAUUUACGCACUACCUAUGAUCUGCAAUCUUGCAUGCUUUUCGGCUAAUACAGCUGGUCACACCAAAAAGAUCACUGCAGAUGCAUUAUAUUUGAUAAGCUAUUGUGUGGGUAAUCUUAUAGGUCCGCAGACUUUUAUUGCAUCACAAGCCCCAGGGUAUUCAGGUGGAAAAAUUACGAUAGUGGUGUGUAACUCAAUAUCUGUGGUUAUUAUUGCUGUGAACUGGUUUAUCUACUGGAAUAGAAACCGGGUUAGAGAUAAGAAGGGAAACGAAGAGGCUACUGCCAUAUUGUCACACGUCGAGAAUUUUGAAUUUGCUGACUUGACUGAUAAGGAGAAUCCGUACUUUAGAUAUACAUUAUAA